AUGUCGGGUCAACCGUCGGGGGGGAUGGAACGAUACGAGCCGCGGCAUUCGAUGCCGGCUACCAUGUCGAAUAUACAUGAGCCUCCAACAGGAAAGAAUGGCCGUCGGAUCUCUGGCUUAGGUUACAUCCGUGAAAGUGGAACAGUUCAUCAGAAGCGAUCCAUGUCACACCACACAAAGUCCAAUGAAGCGAAUUAUGCGCUCAGCAUGGACUGGAGCUCACCAGAGCUACGUUCAGAUCCAUUCUGGUCUCACCGAUAUCCUGUCGCCGGUCCUUUGUACGGUUUUACACCUGUAGAUACAAUCAAGGCCAACAGCAGCUUGCGCGUACCAACUUUGCACCGCGAUACAAACGUAUAUUCUCUGCCACGCUGCGAUCGCUAUGAAUCAUAUGCCCUCGGUCACUCCAUGUCUCCAAGCUCGCCACCAUCUAGUAACUCUCCUUUGUUGUCUGAAUCAGUUGCUACGACUACAUCGUCGACGGAAACAUCUCAGGCUCACCAUUUUCACCCAAUGCAUGAUCCAUUCGACAUGUCUCCCCUCUUGCAGUCUAUACCGACCACAUCCCCCUCGCUGACCAAGUCACCGACUACACAAAGGCGAUCACAAAGGUUGCGGACUUAUGGAAUAACGGAUGAUAUUAUUCGACGCAGUCAUUCAAGGUCCUUUUCAAGCGAUGAACACGCUUCACCCUCUGUGCACGGAGGGUUAGAUCGAUGGUUCCCGGGUCUGAUGUAUGCAUUUGAUACACAAGAAUCGCCAAAUACCGCAACGAGGAGCGAGAACGAAGAAUCAGAGCUUGGCCCUGAUGAUUCAGUGGACAAUUUUGCUAUUCCUAUUGCCAAGCCCCACUCACCGCCACUGCGCUCUCUACAACUUGUGUCGAAGUACUUUGGCGAAGAGCUAGAGGAGGACUCGCUCGUAUCCAUGCAUGCUGUGCAUGAUGACGGCCGGCCUGUAUCACCAGGUGAAAUGCAUGGACUAGGUGUAUCUUUCUCGCAUCCCUUGUCGCGGGAUAUGCCAACACAAACGCCCCAGCAAAAUGCGUCUCGUCUGCGCCCCCUGCAUCUGGCCGAGAGAUACGGCCUCGAAGGAUCGCCUCCGCUGCGUGAAUGCAGUGAAAAUGAAGAUGAGAGUACGGACAGCUUGUCUCCGUCUGGUCCACACACUCGUGUGCCCUUCUCUGUUUUACAUCCCCCUGCAGAAAAGAGCACGCCGGAUCCUGACGCCGUCCGUCUGUACUGGUUCGGAUUUCUAGGUAUGCCUUGGCUUUGGUUGCUUGGUAGCUGGUGCAUCGACGAUCAUGGCGUGCUCCUCUCACCCUGGUCACCACCCUCCUUUAUAUCGUACCGUGCCGGGCUUCAUCCAUAUGGCCCGCCUUUCGCGUUGUCUAUGCAUGCACACAGCCAGUUUCUGCAGCGGCGUGUCCAACAGACAACCCAAGUCCCACAUAUGAUUACGCAAGAGCCGCACGUCUUUGGUGAAGAUCACCGCGGUGUUCGGUUUUUGUCGCAAUACCCGCCUGACUCCGUCCCGCUCCAGAAGCUUUAUCAGUGGCAACAUACGGAGAGCUUUGUGCUCCUGAAUCGAAUGGCAGCAGUGCUAUCCUCUUUUGCACUGUUUGCUUGCUGGACAAACGGUGUGUGGCCCAUCAUGGCCCAUUUUUGA